UGCGGAUGAGAUUUUGUACGCGGAUAUGUAAAAUGAUUUAGAGACGUAACAAAAAUCCGGUUACCUCCACAAUACUCAGUGCACUAGUUGUGGCUCGGCCUUACCCCACCCAAACUUACCUUUCCCUUUACGGACGAUUGAAAGUACUAUACGUGAAAGAGUUUUUAAGCAUGGAAGAAAGCAAAAAAUAUGAAACACACAACACCAAGCAAGACAUUAACAUUUGGAUGAAUGGUUUUCAAUCAGACAAAGAAAUGAAUUUCAACACAUCUGAAGAUAAAAUGAUUCAAAUUACAUUACUACAACCUGAGGGGAAGCUUCCUACCUUUGACGGUAUUUUAUUUGAUGAGCCAACUAACAACGAUAACUCCAGCACAUGUUUGAAGCAGCAGAAGGACCUUGAUAUGAAAGGAACAGAUUUUGAGAUUCAGUGUAUUUUAAAUGCAGAUGACCGUCCCUCCUCCAACCCUCUUCAACAAGAACUUCAAACAACCCAUGAUGUAUCAAAAGGAAAAUGUAAAAACGAAGUAAAAAAUCAAAGGCAAGUAUCAAACUUAGCAAAAUCGAGCGAUCCCAAGGUCUUCCCAUGCAUUAGGAAGGAAUGGUUCACCAACCAACUUAACAUAGAUAAGUUGAACAUAAUCGAGCAAUCAAAGGAGAUAGACACAUCCACGCUUGCUGCAGACAUGAGGGCAUAUUUACGAAGUGUCAAUAUUUCUUUGGAUAACUUUGCAAAGAAUUAUUUACUGCGGUCACAGGGAACACUCAGUGAUUUAUUGAACCAUCCCAAACCAUGGCAUGGUCUAUCAUCUCGUGGAAGGGAUAUUUACAUGAAGAUGAUUGAAUUUCUAUCAGCUGAAAACUUGAAUGAGUUGGUUGCUGUGUUAAAGCAAGCUACAGUUGCAGUACGUCCUGGUCCUGCCAUACAGAACAUACCAAGUGACGUAAUGGAUUUAUUAAAAGAAGGAAAGAUGCCAACCCAACCAAGGAUAGUGGAGGUUGCUGCUCAGUUUAAUAUUCAUGUGGAAUAUUUACAACAAUAUUGUGAGGAACAAAGUAAUAAACAACUUGCUCUUAAGAAAGACAAAGAACAUGGUACAAAAACUAAACACUCCACUGAACUAAUGGAAACCGGUAAUAAUAUAAAACAUCGUCGACAUAAAGAUAAAAGAAUCUGCCCCCAACUUAAUUGUGGAGUUGUACUUGGGUCAAAAGUUGCAUUGGAUAAUCAUAUGCUUACACAUACAGGGGAACGUCCGUUUAAAUGUGAAAUAUGUGGAAAAGGGUUUACCACGCACUCUAAUGUUUUAUCACACCAAAGAAGACACAAUAAUUCAAAUUCAUCAAAUAAAAUCAGUAAAAGAGCAAGAAAGGUAGCAAUGAUGCAAGAUGUGACAGAUAUUGAUGACUCUGAGGUUGAAUCAACUGAAAUUUCAAAAUCUGCACCAAGCAACAAAGAAAGUUGUGAUUUGGAUGUCAAGCCAAGUGCGCCAAGUGCCAUCAUCAUUGAUUAUGAAGAAUAUUCAGAGUUCGAUACAAAAUUAUCGGAAUCAACUCAACUUACAUCAUAUUGUUGCCCGUUGUGCAAGAAAUCAAGUUUUAAAUCACUUUCCUCUCUAACAGCUCAUGUUCGACGACACAACGCAAAGCAGCCGUAUGUUUGUGAUGUUUGUGGAAAAAGAUUCAACAGUAAGUUCAACGCAACAAGACACGAACGAACGCACACGGGUGUUAAGCCAUUCAAAUGUCCAAUUUGUCCGAGUAGAUUUACUGAAGCAGGUUCCAUUACUGCUCAUUUACGAACACACACUGGAGAAAAACCUUUUCAAUGUCAAUUUUGUGGAAAAAGUUUCAGCCAGAAGGGUCCAUUACAAACCCACUUAUUACUUCAUAAUGGAAGUCGACCUUACUUGUGCGAAAUAUGUGGAAAAUCAUUCAACCAGAAAACGAACCUUAAAGCUCACGAAGCGCGACAUAGUGGAUUGAAACAUCACGCAUGCACAGUUUGCGCAAUGUCAUUUCAAUAUAAAAGUGAUUUACAUCGUCAUAUGUUAAAACACAGUGGUGAUCGACCUUACCAAUGUAGAUUAUGUUCAUUCACUUUCACUAGGUUGCAAUAUCUCAGGGACCACAUGCACAAAAUACAUGAUGAACUAAGCUUAAAAUCUGAUGAUGAAGAUGAGUUGAAAUGUGAUGAAGACAAAGAUGGUUUUGAUGUGAUGGAACAUCAGCACCCUGAUAGUAACUUGGAAGAGCUACCUGUAUUAUCUACCAAUGAUGGAGCGUCAAAUAAUCCAAUUUCAACAACAAGUUACAUUAUGGAAGUUAACCCGACAAACAGCGAUGAUAAAUUGGACAGCAGUGACUGCAUAUCCUCAUGUUUAACAUCUAUAUCAAGUGCAAUGGCUAAUGAUAACGAUCCAUCUUUAUCUUCAUCGAAUAUCAACACAUCUAAUGACACCAUGCAUGCUGUGGCUAUAAUGACAGACCAUGGUCUUAUGUUUACCAACAAUACAACUGUUGAUCUGCUUGAACUGAGCAAGUUAGACAAUGAUGUAGAAGUUAAUCGCUCUGAUCACUCCGACAUACAAUCAGUGUUCGUUACCCCAACAAAUGAUGAGACUCGUUAUGUUGUGGUUAAUAUUAGCAGGGAAAAUUUUUUAUAAUAUUUUUUUUGUUUGAAGCCAAUUUACAUGGUCUUUUGGUGCGCUGGUCAGUAAAUUUGCUUUCGUUUAGUUUAUUAUGCUUAAUGCUGCUAGUAAAAUACAUUCUGUCCAAA